GCCUGAUGCAGGGGCAGGCAGCCCCAGAGCGAGCUGCGGCCGUGGCAGCUGCACGGCUCCCGGCCCCGGAGCAUGCGCGACAGCCGCCCCGGAGCCCCCAGCCGCGGCGCCCCGCGUCCCGCCGCCAGCGCAGCCCCGGACGCUAUGGCCCACCUCUCCUGCUGGCCCCUCGUGUAGGAUGGUAGCACGUAACCAGGUGGCAGCCGACAAUGCGAUCUCCCCGGCAGCAGAGCCCCGACGGCGGCCAGAGUCCUCCUCAUCCUCGUCUUCGUCCUCUCCGGCCGCCCCCUCGCGUACGCGGCCCUGCCCUGCGGUCCCGGCCCCGGCCCCUGGAGACACUCACUUCCGCACGUUUCGCUCCCACUCCGAUUACCGUCGGAUCACGCGGACCAGCGCUCUCUUGGACGCCUGCGGCUUCUACUGGGGACCCCUGAGCGUGCACGGGGCGCACGAGCGGCUGCGUGCUGAGCCCGUGGGCACCUUCCUGGUGCGCGAUAGUCGCCAACGAAACUGCUUCUUUGCUCUCAGCGUGAAGAUGGCUUCGGGCCCCACGAGCAUCCGCGUGCACUUCCAGGCCGGCCGCUUUCACCUGGACGGCAGCCGCGAGACCUUCGACUGCCUCUUCGAGCUGCUGGAGCACUACGUGGCGGCGCCACGCCGCAUGUUGGGGGCCCCGCUGCGCCAGCGCCGCGUGCGGCCGCUGCAGGAGCUGUGUCGCCAGCGCAUCGUGGCCGCUGUGGGUCGCGAGAACCUGGCGCGCAUCCCUCUUAAUCCCGUACUCCGUGACUACCUGAGUUCCUUCCCCUUCCAGAUCUGACCGGCCCAUUGCCGUGCCCGCAGCAUUAAGUGGGGGCACCUUAUUAUUUCUUAUUAUUAAUUAUUAUUAUUUCCCUGGAACCACGUGGGAGCCCUCCCCGCCUGGGUCGGAGGGAGUGGGUGUGGAGGGUGAGGUGCCUCUGGCUUCUGGCUGGAGACCCCAUCCUGCCUCUCAGGGGGCCUCCCCUCCAGGUGCUCCCUCCAGGUCCCCUGGUUGUAGCAGCUUGUAUCUGGGGCCAGAAAGAACCUGAACUCCACUCCUACCUCUCCAUGUUUACAUAUUCCCAGUAUCUUUGCACAAACCAGGGGUGGGGGAGGGUCUCUGGCUUCAUUUUUCUGCUAUGCAGAAUACCCUAUUUUAUAUUUUUACAGCCAGUUUAUAUAAUAAACUUUAUUAUGAAA